AUGGAGUCUAAUAACAAAGUAUCAUUACAUCCAGAGCAAAAGAAAUGGAAAGCACCAAAAGGACCUAAACCAGUCCACCAUAAGAACAAAAAUCUUAUAGGUUUGGGUAGGACAAUAGCAAAUCAACGGUCUAAAGAGAAUGAGAUUCAAUACUUGCCCGAUGGAGAGAUGAGAUUUACCACCGACAAGAAAGACCCAAACUGGGUGAAAUUGAGAUCUGUCACGCAGGAAAAUUCUUUGGAUGAAUUUUUGAGUACAGCACAAUUGGCAGAUACUGAUUUUAGUGCAGAAAGGGGGCAGCAAGUUAAGAUUAUUAAAGUGGGGAACACCAACAUCAUCAACUCCAAUGGGUUGUUGAGUACUGAUGAGAUGUUAGCAAUGAGACAGAAACACAUGAUGUUUGAGAAUAAGUUAACAAUUCCAAGACGUCCAAAGUGGUUCAAGCAACAAAGCAAAUUAGAAAUUGAAAGGCAGGAGAAUUUAGCAUUUUUGGCAUGGAGAAGAGAUUUGGCAAGUUUGACUGAAAACAAUGACUUGUUGUUGACACCGUUUGAGAGAAACUUGGAGGUUUGGAGACAGCUAUGGAGAGUUGUUGAGAGAUGCGAUUUGGUGGUUCAAAUUGUGGAUGCAAGAAACCCCCUUUUUUUCAGAUCUAUUGAUUUGGAAAAGUAUGUUGAUAGCUUUAAUGAUUCUAACGACUCAAAUCAUCAGAAGAGAAACUUGCUACUUGUCAAUAAAGCAGAUAUGUUGAGUCGGGACCAAAGAGUGACCUGGGCUGAUUAUUUUAAAGCAAAAAAUAUCAACUAUGUCUUUUUUUCCGCAGCAAAUGCAAAUGCCUUGUUGGAAAAGGAACAGGAAGAGGCUGAGCAGCUUGAGCACCAGAUCGAACUUGAUUCCAAAAACAACCUAAGUGAUGAAUUGGUUGAUGACAUGGAAACAGAUGACUCAAUAAGGAUUUUGAAAAUCGAGGAACUAGAGCAAUUGUUUAUGGACUCGGCACCAAGCUUUGAAGUAGACCCAGAAUUUCCUGAUCGCAAGUUGCAAAUCGGUCUCGUUGGUUACCCCAAUGUUGGUAAAUCAUCAACAAUCAACGCUUUAAUAGGAUCCAAAAAAGUAUCAGUUUCCUCAACGCCAGGUAAGACAAAACAUUUCCAAACGCUUCAUCUCACACCCGAUGUUAUACUUUGCGAUUGUCCUGGUUUAGUAUUUCCAAAUUUCGCCUACACCAAUGCUGAAUUGGUGUGUAAUGGUGUUUUGCCCAUUGACCAAUUACGUGAGCACAUCCCUCCCACGUCGUUAGUUUGCCAGAGGAUACCAAAAUUCUUUCUUGAGGCUGUUUAUGGGAUUCACAUACCUAUUCAACUGGUUGAAGACGGUGGUAAUGGAGAAUAUCCAACUGCCAGAGAAUUGCUCAACGCUUAUGCGAGAGCAAGAGGUUAUAUGACACAAGGAUUUGGUGCAGCUGAUGAACCGAGGGCCGCUAGGUAUAUCCUUAAAGAUUAUGUCAAUGGGAAGCUCCUUUAUGUCAAUCCACCUCCAGUACUCAUUGGUGGAGAGUGGCAAUUAUUGGAUUUGCAGAAAAGUAGAGAAUUCAACAGGGAGUUGUAUACGUUACAACAUCUUCCCGAAUCAAGACGACAACAGAUUGAACAUGCGAUGAAGGUUAGGAAUAUUUCAAUUGAUCAAUUUGACUUGCAAAAAGAUAUCUCAAAAUUGAACUUCUCGAUGCAUAUUGGCGGUAGUAGUGAUGAGAACAGCGGAAGCGCAACAGAAGCCAAAACCUUAUUUUAUGGUGGUAAGCAAGCAAAGUUGGAAAGUGCAGGUGAUGACUUGGAUCAGGAGUUUUUUGCAAUGGCUAAUGUUGAAGGUAAAUUGAAUACGCCUUUCCAUAAGAAGACAAUUUCAUUGCCAACAAAGUCGGACAAGAAACACAAUAAGAAAAACAAGAAGCAGGAAAAGAAACAUCGGUUUGUUGCUAGCUAG